AUGAAUAACAACAACGUGCCAUUGGCAACUACGAAAAACAAACGAGUGCUUCCGAGCCUCACGGUUCAGUUGUUUGCAUCUGAAGUUUCUUCAUCAUCCUCAUCAUCGAAUGACCAAAAACCAUCAUCUCAAUCCUCCCAACAACAACAACAACAACAACGACGAUUAUCCUCCCAACAUCUUCACCCUUCGACAAGCUCAUCUUCCGUCUCCUCACGAGGAUCCUCCUCUUCUCAUUCUCCUCAAAUUCAUGUGGGAGGUCCCACAUUCGCCACAACAACAACAAACUCCACCAACCCACGAUCCAGAAGAAGUUCCUUCUCUGCGCCCAUACCAGCCAAUGGAAUCAUUAACCUCAAUCAACCACCACCUCAUUUAUUUGUUCCUCUAAGAUCUUCUAACGUGAGUUUAUCACAGCCCCAACCACCGUUUAAAAACCACCCCUCCUCCGAUCGAAGUAUUCAUUCAGCAGCAGCAACCAUGCAUCGAGAGGGUGGUGCUGGUGGUGGUUCUGUAAAUAAGGAUGCAAAUUUUGGUGGCGCCGAUAAAGAAUCCAUCAGUUCCAGUGAGGAUUCUACCAUGUUGGAAUAUGGAGGAUACAUGAUUUUGAAUUGGUUCUGGCGAAUGUUUUCGUCGAUCAAGUUUUUUCUCAUACUGCUACUUUGUGGAAGUGUCAUCAUUAGUGUCUUGAUACUAUCUGCAGUGUGGUUAGGUUCAUUACUGCCCUCAAUAUAUAGUCUCAGUUCAAAUGUCAAAGGUUUACAAUCUGAUAAGUUGGCUACAUACAUUCAACAAACAAUAGGAAAUGUGGUGCGGAUAUCGGCAGCUACAAAAAGUCAAUUGACAUCCAUGCUUGAUUAUUCGAAUAAGACCUGGAUCGAAAGACAAAUGUAUGCACUUUACAAGUCAGAAACGCAAUUUCAGGCUGGAUUAACCACUACGACUUAUAUUGGUGACGAUAUUGGUACAUGUUACGGAAUAAUCUCUUGGAAUGGACAGCCUACAUUAGUGGAUACAAACCUGGUUGAUCAGAAAUUAUAUCUUUGUCAAAAUUUUGAGAAUAAUGACGAUUAUUGUCAUCACAAUUCAACACCCGAUGUAAUACUUUCACCGUUUGAUAUGAGUGUAAUUAUUGAGAUUGGAAACAAGUUUGCUGGAAGACCAGCUUUCACUCCAUCGUAUACUGACAAAACCAUGCCUCAAUAUGCUUUCUUGAGUCUUAUCAAUAGUUGGAAACUUCCCUCACCAGUGAACGGUAAUAAUUUUAAAUACUACUUUGGUUAUGAUCUCUCUGUGGGCUCAAUCUCCAGUUAUUUGAAAAAGUACACAAAGUCAGAUACACUGGGAUCCAGAAGUAUGGUCAUUGAGUCAGAUACGAAUUAUAUUGUUGCUUUUGAUGAGGAUGUACCCUUUGUUACAUGGGACGCAACAGGAAAAUCAAAGCGAUUAGACCUUUCUUCAUUGGAGGAUCCAGUCAUGUCUGUCGUGGCUCAAGACAUCCAGAACAAGUAUCCUGUCUUGAAAGAAAUUCAUUGCAAUCAAAAGACAUCUUUUUCAGGAUCAAGAUACAUGUUUAUUAGCGUUCAACGCCUAUGUACUGAUUAUAACAUUGACUGGUUUAUUGUCUAUGCUGUUCCAAAUUGGAGCUUUGUAUCGACCUCUACAAUUGGAGUUUGUUCUGCUGUGGUUGCCUCUAUUUUUAUUGUCAUUAUCAGCACCUCGAUUGGAAUAUUUCUCUCUCACAAAGUUGUGUCACCAUUUUAUGAUUUGAUUGAGCUUUUUGACACUGUUUCUGAUAUGGAUCUCGAUAAAAUUGAGAUCAACUUUAGCAGAUUCUCAGAAGUUAGACAUUUACAACACACCUUUCUCUUCAUGGUAUACCGAAUGAAACAGUACAGAUGUUUUAUUCCACCUCAUCUCAUUGCUCAAAUUGAAGGAUUGGUUGACGAUCAAGAGCCUCAACAACUAGAUUCAGCCAACGAGGGUAGUGUCACAAAAGUUUCUAAUACCUCCACAAACAGUAUACCUGAUGUUGUUCAGUCAAAACCCUCUAGACCAACCCUAAAUCGAACCAUGACAAUGUCUGAUCGUAAAAAGAAGUUUUCAUCCACACGAAAUUUAUUCGCCCUACACUUGGAACACAAAAUGAUCACCAUGGUUUCAAUUUACAUGGAAGGGCUUAAUGAAAUCAUUCAAGAGGCACCAGCACGAGACGUUCUACAAUUAUUGUCUGAUGUGUUUGAUCAGCUGAAUGCUAUCAUAAAAACACGAGGAGGUUCUCUCAUUGGAACAGAGAAUGAUGUUAUCAAUUUAGCAUAUAAUGCAGUCACAAACUUACCUCGUCAUGAAAAAGUAGCAGUGUCAACAGCUCAUAUUACGAUCGAAAAAUUAACAAAGUUUAAAACGUUGAGAUGGAAAAAUCUUGAAUGUUGGAAAAGAUAUGCACACUUAAUGGAUGCCCUCAAUUUUAGAGUUGCUAUUUGUUCGCAAUUAAGCCAUUGUGGUAAUAUCGGUAAUUCUGAGAUGAAACACUUUACUAUUUUGAGCAGUUUCAAACACAACAAUGAAAUAAUGCUUGAAACGGCAAAGAGAUUAGAUUUAGAAAUUGUCAUGUCUGAAAGAGUGAGCACUCAGAUUGACCAAUUCAUGAUGCGUUACGUGGACACUCGAGACAUGAUUGAUGAUUCUGCAUACACAUCUCCUCUAUUUAUGGACGAUCAAACUCUCACCAAUAAGACUGCCACUAAAAUUUUUGAAUUAGGAGAAAGUACGGCAGUCAAAGAAGAUGAAUGGAUGUAUGAAUUACAAGAGCAAGAAAAGAAAGGAAGAUGGACUCUCUACAAUAAGGCAUGUGAUUAUUAUUUUCAAGGAGAGUAUGCAGAGGCAAUUACUCAUUUCGAGGCCUUUCUUCACAAACCUAACAGUUCAGGAACCAACACUGUGGAUAAGCCAGCACAGCAUUUAUUGAAUCGAUGUAGAAGUUUAUUAGAGCACCAAUAG